ACCACCUCUCCCAUCGCCGCCGGUCUUAACCGAGACUCCAACCCGCGCUGACCCCCCGUCCUCCUCCCAACUCCCACCAUGGCAGCACCGCAGGGUUCAAUAGCGAUGGUGCCGUCGAGGUGCACAGCAGAGACGCAGACGUCGCGGGCCAAGGUUGCGUUCGAGAUUGCUGACUACAGCCAUCUUAAGGGCCUAGGUAGAGACAAAUGCCUCCAUUCUUCGGCAUUCUUCAUCGGCGACUACAAAUGGUGCAUCCGCUACUACCCCGACGGAAGCGCAUACGAGGCAACCGAAGGUUAUAUGUCUGUCUUCCUCGUGCUCUUGACCAAGAACGCCGAGGUGAGGGUGGUCUACACCUUGAUGCUUGUGAAUCGGGUUAGUGGGCAGUCGAUUGUGGUGCCCUCCGGCAAAGCGCCACGAGUGUUCAAUCCUAAAAUGCCAGCAUGGGGCCUACAGAAGUUCAUGAAGACGACCGCUGAAGUAGAGUCGGUGUACGUGUGGAACGAUUGUCUUGUGAUCGAGUGCGAAGUCAGUGUUAUCAAGGAAACACUCAAUAUCCAUGUGCCGCCCUCUGACCUUUCGGAUAAUCUUGCAACCUUGCUAGUGGGGAAGAUAGGAGCAGACGUGAGUUUCAAGGUUCAAGGGGAGGUUUUCCCAGCUCAUAAAAAUUUGCUUGCGAUGCGGUGGGCCGUCUUCAAUGCGGAGUUCUAUGGUCCGAUGGGGGACAAAGGUGUACAAGACAUAAUUAUUGAUGACAUGCAGCCUGCUGUUUUCAAGGCAUUUCUUCACUUCAUCUACACGGAUUCAAUGCCUUCCAUGGACGAUCUUGAGGAUGAUGACAAAAGAGAAAUGGUCAAGCACUUACUCGUGGCUGCUGAUAAGUAUGCAAUGGAAAUGAUGAAGAUGAUAUGUGAAGAGAUGCUAGGCAGGGGUCUUGAUGUUGAGACUGUGGCGACCAUGUUAGCUCUAGCUGACCAGUACCAUUGCAGCAACCUCAAAGAUGCUUGCAUUGAAUUUAUGCUCUCUUCGAAUAGAAUGGAUGAUGUGAUCGCAAGCCAAGGCUAUGCACACCUCAAAAGAUCUUGUCCAGUUCUCGUUGUAGAUGUGUUUGAGAGAACAGUCAAGUCCCGCAAAACUUAGUACGCCAAACUCGUAUGAGCUACCGCUACCGCAAUCCUUCAGUUUUGAAAGACCUUUGGAGGCGAAUGCCUUAUGUUGGGUCAGAGAAGGCAAUUAAGUCUUGCUAAAUUUAGCAUGCCCAGCCUGGGUUAGUUUCUGUCUAGUUACUUUUGAUACAUAGCGGCCUGAGCUGAGGUUGCUAUGUCUUUCAGUUUUCAGAGAUCGUUUGGAGGAAGCAGUUGGUUCUAUAAAAUAUAUGUCUCCAAUGUAUUGGUUAUCCCGUCUGACAUAAGUAUGUAUGAAUCUGUGGUACCUCACUAGUUACCUUUUUAUGUUAUUACUUUAAUUGCUGGCUUAUGUGAAGAAUGAUAGAACUUUAAGUUAUUGGCUUUGAAAUAA